AUGGUUGAAAAACGAAAAAAUGUUGUGUUAGGAUUCAAUCAAAAACUUGAAAUUAUUAAACGUUUGAAGAUAGGUGAAAUUACUAACAGUAUUGCUCAGAUUUAUGGUAUUAGGAGAACAACAGUGAAUGACGUUAAACGCGAUGCUAAAAAACUUGAGCAAUAUGUGACUCAAAUACAAAAUGUCAACGGAGAUUUAAGAAGUCGUAAAACUAUAAAACAGGCAAAAUAUGAGAAAUUUGACAACGCUAUGCAUCAGUGGUUUAUCCAAGCCGAAAUCAAAGAAUUCCACUUUUAG